AUGGCAGCUGGAUUUGAUAGCAGGCAAGAGAAGAAGAAGAAGAUAGCCGUUCUCGGCAUCUCUUCAAUCCUUCUCGUGGCUAUGGUAGCUUGCGUCGCCGUUGGUAUAAGAGAUGGCUCCCAAGCUGGUGGUGACGAAGGGAAUGACUUACAAAUCGCAAAACAUCAAAAGAACGUUCAAGUUAUCUGCGGUUCAACUGAAUACAAAGAAACAUGCAAGAAAAGCCUUGAGAAAGCAUCAAACGAAACCACAGACAUGAAAGAGCUUAUCAAAGCCGCAUUCAAUGCCACUGCUGAGGAACUCCUCAAGCAAAUUCAGAACUCCACUCUCUACAAUGAGUUGAACAAGGACGACAUGACCAAACAGGCUUUGGAUAUUUGCAAGGAAGUCCUCGGUUAUGCCGUUGAUGACAUUCACAAAUCCGUUCACAUUUUGGAUAGGUUUGAACUCAGCAAGCUAACUGAAUAUGCCUAUGACCUCAAGGUUUGGCUCACGGGUACCCUCUCCCACCAACAAACUUGCUUGGAUGGCUUUGAGAACACAACCACCGAUGCUGGCAAAACCAUGGCUAAAGCUCUCAACACCUCUUUGGAGCUCAGCAACAAUGCUAUUGAUAUAGUUAAUAGCGUGUCCAGUUUAUUCAAGGGUCUUGACUUGAGCGCAUUCACCACCAGCGCCAACAACAGGAAGCUUCUCUCUCUGGUGAAUGGUUUCCCUUCAUGGAUGAGUGAAACCCAAAGAAGUCUCCUUCAUGCUGCUGGCCCCAAGGGAAGCGUUAAACCCGACGUUGUUGUGGCUAAAGAUGGGUCUGGCCAAUUCACAACACUUACUGAAGCUCUUAAACUUGUUCCCCCAAAGAACAAAAAACCUUUUGUGAUUUACGUCAAGGAAGGUGUCUACAAUGAAUAUGUUAGCUUGACCAAGCAUAUGACCUACGUCACCAUCAUCGGAGACGGUCCCACAAAGACCAGAUUCACCGGCAGCAAAAACUAUAAGGAUGGUGUCCAAACUUACAACACCGCAACCUUCAGUGUGAACGCUGCUAACUUCAUGGCUAAAGACGUUGGGUUCGAGAACUCAGCAGGAUCAGAGAAGCACCAAGCUGUGGCACUUAGGGUAACAGCAGAUAAGGCCGUGUUGUACAACUGCCACAUGGAUGGUUACCAAGACACACUGUACGUGCAAUCACAACGCCAGUUCUACAGAGACUGUGUCAUCACCGGCACCAUCGACUUCGUCUUCGGUGACGCAGUUGGAGUGUUCCAGAACUGCAAGUUGAUUGUGAGGAAACCAUUGGCUAACCAGCAAUGCAUGGUGACAGCCGGUGGCAGGUCAAAAGUUGACAGCACCAGUGCACUUGUGUUCCAGAGCUGCCACUUCACCGGUGAGCCUGACGUGGCAACCUUGGAACGCAAGAUCUCAUAUCUUGGAAGGCCAUGGAGACUCUAUUCCAAGGUUGUGAUCAUGGACUCUAUGAUUGAUGACAUUUUCCUACCACAAGGGUAUAUGGCAUGGAUGGGAAGUGCUAACAAGGACACGUGCACUUAUUACGAGUACAAUAAUAAGGGUCCUGGUGCUAACACUGCCUCUAGAGUCACAUGGCCACAUGUUAAGAGCAUAACUCCUCUUGAGGCUUCUGAUUACUAUCCAGGGAAGUUUUUUGAACUCGCUAACGCAACUCAACGUGAUGCUUGGAUCCUCGAAUCUGGGGUACCUUACUCCCUUGGCCCCCUGAUUCCCUUCCAGCCAUUAAUUUAA